AUUAUUGAUGUAAAGUGAAUAAUUGAGUGAGUAAAAAUUAUAUGCUUGGGGAAGUGCAGAAUGUGAUUAAUUUUUGGCUAAGGAUGAAGAGGAUGAAGAAAUGUAUGAAGUAAAAAGGCCAUAUCAAAUAAAAGAAUUGAAUAAUCUUUCUAUUACUUAAGUAGCAUGUGGAGGAAUGCAUGCCUUAAUUUUGACAUAAUAAGGAAAAGUAAUAAUUUAUUAAAUCUAAAAUAGGUUUAUUCUUUUGGAUGUGAUGACAAAGGAGUACUUGGAAGACCAGUAAUAGAAGGAUAAGAUACUAGAGUACCUGCAAUCAUUACAGAUCUACCUCCUGUUAAUAUGAUUGCUUGUGGUAGUUCUCAUUCCAUUGCUGCCAAUUCUAAUGGUAUAGUCUAUUUCUGGGGUUUUUAUGCUAAUACUCAUGGUCCUAUUGGAGAACCAGUAUAAAGACCUAAAAAAAUGGAUAAUAUUACAGAUGGGAUCUAAAAAAUACUAUGUGGUUAAAAUCAUACUAUGGUUUUAUUAUCCAAUUAAAAAGUAUACUCAUUAUAUAUAUCUAGUUAUUAACUUGGGGUGAUGCAGAAACCUUAGUUAUUGGUAGAAAAAGUGAAACUAGAAGAUCUGUUAUGCAAAAUUUAAAUCCUUAACCUAUCAAAAUGAAAAAACCAAUUUUAAAUAUUUUUACAGGAGCUUCACAUGCAUUUGUCAAAGUUUAAAUAAAAGAUAAUAAAGUUGGUAUUUAUGGAUGGGGUUUGAAUAAUUAUGGACAACUUGGUAUUGGAAAUUAAGAAAAUUAAUAAUUACCUGUAUUAAUUGAAUUUUUUGAUAAUAUUGAUGUUAUUGAUAUGGUUGGUGGAGAACAUCAUACUAUUGCUCUUGAUUCUUAAGGAAACCUAUAUUCUUUUGGUAGACAUGAUGAUGGAUAACUUGGUUUAGGAGAAGAAAUAAAUUAAUAAUUAAAAGAGUAAGCUCAAAAAUAAUUAGAGGAGGAAAUAUAAUCAUAAAAACUUAAUGAAACCAACAAAAAAAAAGUUAGCAAAAAAAAUAAAUAAUAAGGAGAAUUAUUUGAAAUUUAAAAGUCUGAUAAAGUUAUUGGAUAUGAAUUUAUUACUCUUCCAUAACUCAUAACAGAUAUUCCAAAAAUGUAAUCAAUUUAUUCUUCUAUGCAUUUUAAUUUUGCUAUUUCUUAAUAAAGCUAAAUAUUCUCUUGGGGAAAUGGCUAAAGUUUUGUUUUAGGUACUAGAAAUGAGAAUUCCCAAUUCAAACCUAAAGAUGUAUUUUAUUAUAUUAUCAAUUUAGAUAACUUCCAUAUUUAAAAAUGAAAAAUUAUUAUAAAUAUCUCUUGGUGCUAGUCAUGUUAUUGCUUAUACUUCUACUGAUCUUAAUUAUAGCACUCAAAAAAUUGAUGAAUCAAUCAUUAAAAUAUAAGAAUAAAAAACAAAAAUUAAAAAGACGAGAAAAAGCAAUAGUAGAGAUAAAAGUAGGGAAAAAAGUGUAUCUAUGAAAAGAAGCGUAUAGAAAUUUGAUGACAGUUUAAUUCCAGUUAAAGAUUUGAAAAUUGAUUGA